CGGUGAUGUCGUGGGUUCAAAGUACUCCCUUGGUCCAGGGUCCCGGAGAAGAGGGGGACGUGUUUGACGAGGAAGCGGACGAGUCGCUCCUGGUGCAGCGGGAAUGGCAGAGCCACAUGCUGAGACGAGUCAAAGAAGGUUACAGAGAUGGAAUAGAUGCGGGCAAAGCAGUUACUCUUCAACAAGGCUUCAAUCAAGGUUAUAAGGAAGGUGCAGAAGUCAUUAUAAACUACGGGCAACUCAGAGGAACAUUGAGUGCUUUGCUCUCCUGGUGUCACCUUCAUGAUAAUGGUUCGGCUCUGAUCAGUAAAAUAAAUAGUCUUCUGGAUGCAGUUGGCCAGUGUGAAGAGUAUGUGCUCAAACAUCUGAAAUCAAUCACGUCUCAGCCCCAUGUGGUAGAUUUAUUGGACUCUAUUCAGGAUAUGGACCUUGGUCAUGUAGCUCCAGCUGAGAAAAAGAUGGAUGAAGGUAAAGAUGAAAGACUCUGUGAAAAUAAUGCUGAGCUUCACAAAAACUGUGGCAAGAGUCUUAGUGAGGCAGAUUGUUCAUCUCUAGAAUGUUGUAGAAUACAGGAGCAGCCACAUUCUGAAAACCCAAGCCUCACAUGGAUUUUAGAACAGACAGCCAGUUUGGUCAAACAGCUGGGAGUAUCACUUGACGUACUACAGCACCUCAAACAAUUAUAAAAAUUCUCUUCAUGUUUCUAAUGAAAGUAAUGUUGAGAACAUUUGUUGGAACACUUUGUUUCUUAACAAACUAACCAAAAUUUGUAGUGGUUUCUACAUGGAACACAUCACUUGUAGGUUAUCCUUCAUGGAAGUUUGAAAUGUCUUCAAAAUUAACACUAUUAAAUGUAAUAAGAGCUUUU